UGCCUCUGCCUCCCGAGUGCUGGAAUCAAAGGUGUGCACCAAUAUACCUGGCAGAAAGAAUACUUCUUAACAUUUUUGUGUUAUACAUAAUAUUGUCUCAAUUUGUUUCCUGACUAGUGGUGAGCAUCUUCAGCUGGGGGUACAAUGGCAGUGUUCAAGAAGUUAAAACUUCUUCUCUGGAAGAAUUUCAUCUUAAAGAAGCGGAAGACUUUGAUAACACUUCUGGAAAUCUUGAUGCCGUUACUAUUUUCUGCAAUUGUAUUGUAUCUUCGUUUCAAUAGUAUGCCAAAACACGUAUCAACUACUAACUACCAACCAGUUGAUAUCAGUUUACUGCCAAUAUAUUUCAAUAAUUAUCCUCUGAAAAAUAAAUUUCAGUUGGUUUAUAUCCCUUCCAAAAGUGAGACGUUGAAAGCUGUCACUGAAAGGGUGGAACAAACCUUUGCUGUUGACUUUGAAGUUCUAGGCUUUUCUUCGGUGCCUUUAUUUGAAAACUACAUAAUUAGGGAUCCCAGGUCUUUCUACAUACUGGUGGGAAUCGUUUUUGACCAUACCUUCAAUAGCAGCAACGAACCUUUACCACUCGUGGUUAAGUAUGACCUGCGUUUCAGUUAUGUUCAGAGGAACUUUGGGCCAUCACUGAAGUAUUUGUUUUUUCAAGAGGAGAUAGGAGGCUGGUGCACGGCCUUUCUUUAUCCUCCUAAUCCAAGCCAAGAACCCCGGGAAUUUGCAUAUGCUGAUGGGGGAAACCCUGGAUACAACAAAGAAGGCUUCCUGGCAAUACAGCAUGCAGUAGACAAAGCCAUUAUGUGGCAUCAUGAUCCCAACGCAACACUCAACAUGUUCAAGAAUCUCCACGUACUGCUGCAGAGAUUCCCAUUUGGGCCCCAUAUCAAGGACCCAUUCUUAGUGAUCCUUCAGAAUGAGUUCCCUCUGCUCCUCAUGCUCAGCUUCAUUUGUGUUGAGCUCAUAAUCAUCAAUUCUAUUUUACUGGAGAAGGAGAAGAAACUGAAGGAGUACAUGUGUGUGAUGGGACUGGAGAGCUGGCUGCACUGGGCCGCUUGGUUCAUUACGUCCUUCAUUUCUGCCUUAAUUGCCGUCUCGGUUAUGACCGCUAUCUUUUGUGCAAAGGUAAACAGUGUGGCUGUGUUCACGAACAGUAACCCUAGCUUGAUAUUUAUUUUUCUAAUGUGUUUUGCCACUGCCACAAUUUUCUUUGCAUUCAUGAUGAGCACGUUUUUUCAAAGAGCUCAUGUAGGAACUGUGAUAGGUGGCAUCGUCUUCUUCUUCACAUACCUCCCCUACAUGUACAUCACUUUCAGUUAUCACCAGAGGACCUAUGUCCAAAAGAUAGCCUCUUGCCUCUUCUCAAAUGUUGCCAUGGCAAUAGGAGUUCGAUUCAUCUCUUUGUUUGAAGCAGAAGGAACAGGCAUCCAAUGGAGGAACAUAGGCAGUGUCCAAGGAGACUUCAGCUUCAUUCAGGUGCUGCUGAUGCUCCUGUUGGACUCACUCUUGUACUGUCUGAUAGCCUUUUUCAUGGAGUCCCUCUUCUCAGGAAAGUUUGGAAUACCUAUGUCUUGGUACUUCUUUGCCAAGUGCCUGUUCUGGGUCAAGAAACCUGUUCCAGUGAUACUGCCACUCCUGGACCUUGGGGAUCCUGAGAAGCCUGCAAGGAGAGACUUCAUGCAGGAUGAGCCAACUGAUCAAAUGAAAGCAGUUGAAAUCCAGCAUCUAUAUAAGGUCUUCUAUAGGGGACGGACUAAAUGCACAGCAGUCAAGGAUCUGAGCAUGAACCUGUACAAGGGGCAGAUCACCGUUCUCCUGGGACACAACGGAGCAGGGAAAACCACAGUCUGCUCCAUUCUUACAGGUCUUAUUUCUCCUUCAAAGGGACAGGCAUAUGUCCUUGGGUGUGAAGUUUCAAAAGACUUGGCUCAAGUUAGGAAGAGCCUGGGCUGGUGCCCACAACACGACAUUUUAUUUGAUAACUUUACAGUAACGGACCAUCUUUCUUUCUAUGGUCAGCUGAAAGGCCUGUCUCGCCAGAACUGUCAUGAAGAAAUAGAAGAGAUGCUUCGCCUCCUCAGUCUGGAGGACAAGCGGAAUUCCCGGUGCAAGUUCCUGAGUUGGGGGAUGAAGCGCAAGCUCUCACUUGGCAUCGCCCUCAUAGCCGGUUCCAAGGUACUGAUUCUGGACGAGCCUACGUCAGGCAUGGACUCCACCUCCAGGAGGGCCAUCUGGGACAUUCUUCAGCAGCAGAAGAAUGACCGUACCAUUCUACUGACCACCCACUUCAUGGAUGAAGCUGACCUGCUGGGGGACCGCAUCGCCAUCCUGGCCAAGGGGGAGCUGCAGUGUUGUGGGUCACCACCAUUCCUCAAGCAGAAAUAUGAUGCAAUCUUGGAGUCCAGCAUUGGAGAAGAAGUGAUAUUCAUACUUCCUAAGAAGACCAUGCCCAGGUUUGAAGCUCUAUUUAGUGACUUGGAACAGAAGCAGACAGAGCUGGGGAUCUCCGCUUUGGGGGUCUCUGUCACCACUAUGGAGGAAGUGUUCAUACGAGUUUGUAAGUUGGCUGAUUCUAGCACAAAUAUCUUAACUGAGAAGCGGCCCUCUAUUCAGCCUCAUCCCAGAGUUCACAGAGUUCCUGUUGACAGAAUUAAAUAUCUUCACUCAAGGAUCUUUUCAAUGCAGACUGGCCUGCCAAUCAAACUAAACACUGGACUCUGUCUUCUCUGCCAACAAUUCUAUGCCAUGCUCCUGAAAAAGGUCACAUAUUCUCAACGCAACUGGAGGCUGAUGCUGUUUGUGCAGAUUCUGCUGCCUCUGCUGAUCAUUGUGUUAAGUCUCACCUUUUUUGACUUCAAAUUAAAGAAAAUGGAAAACGUACCCUUGGAGCUGACUUUAAAAACAUAUGGUCAGACAAUAGUUCCAUUUUUUGUUUCUGAGAAUUCCCUCUUGGGUCCUCAACUUUUGGAUAAAUUUAUAAAGAUGCUUGUGGCUGCAGGACAGAUUCCUUUGUAUAUUCAAGGUCCUAUAGAGGACUUCCUGUUGAAAAAGGCAAAAGAGGACCCUGAGGACUUUGAUAAGCUCUAUGUGGUGGCAGCUUCUUUUGAAGAUGUGAAUAACCGCACCAUAGUGAAGGCACUGUUCAACAACCAGGCAUACCAUUCCCCUGGCCUGGCUCUGACUCUGGUGGACAAUUUUCUCUUCAAGUUGCUUUCCGGUGCCAAUGCUUCCAUUACCACAACCAACUACCCGCAGCCUCUGACGGCCAAAGAGCUCUCAGAGAGUGUCUUGUACCAGGGCCCUAAAGGACAUUACCUUGUUAUCAACUUUCUUUUUGGAAUAGCUUUCCUCUCAAGCUCUUUCUCCAUCUUGACCGUCACAGAGAAGAACAUCAAGUCUAAGCACAUCCAGAUUGUAAGCGGCGUCAGUACAGGUGCAUUCUGGCUCUCCGCUCUGCUGUGGGACCUCAUUUCUUUCCUUGUCCCCACGCUCCUGCUAGUGUUGGUGUUUUUCUGGUAUAAGGAAGAAGCUUUUGCCCAUCCUGAGACCACCCCAGCGGUGGUCUUGAUAAUGAUGCUCUACGGCUGGGCUGUCAUCCCUUUCAUCUACACAGUCAGCUUCUCUUUUAAAACUCCUGGGAAUGCAUGUGCUAAGCUUGUGGUAAUGCUCACCUUCUUGAGCAUCGGCCCCCUUGUGCUUGUCACGGUCACAGGUGAUAAAGACCUCGGCUAUGCACAACUCUCCGACUCCUUGGAUUACAUUUUCCUAAUAUUUCCUGGACAUUGCCUGGGAAUGGCUUUUUCCAACUUGUACUAUAACUUUGAACUAAAAAGGCUUUGCAAUGCUAAGAACUUGAGUGAUAUUGACUGCAAUGAUGUUUUAGAAGGAUAUGUGGUCCAAAAGAACAUCUAUGCCUGGGAAUCCCUGGGGAUAGGGAAGUACCUGACAGCUUUGGCUUUCUUGGGAGUUUUGUACAUCAUCCUGAUUUUCCUCAUCGAAGCCAGUACAUUCUCUGUACUGAAAUCCAGACUUUCUGGCUUUUCUAGGAAAAAAAAAUUGGGAACAUUCCUCAGUGUGACAGAGCCAGAAGACGAAGAUGUACUAGAUGAGGCAGAAACCAUCAAGUUUUAUUUGGAAACAUUACUAAAGAAAAAUUCACUUAUUGUUAAAGACAUGUCAAAGGUCUAUAAAGAGAAGGUACCUGUGCUAGCUGUAAACAAGGUGUCCUUCGCCGUUAAUGAAAAAGAAUGCUUUGGCCUUCUUGGCCUCAAUGGAGCUGGGAAGACUUCCAUUUUCAACAUGCUGACUGGGGAGCAGCCCGUCACUUCAGGAGAUGCCUUUGUCAAGGGUUUCAGUGUCAAGUCUGACCUAGUGAAGGUGCGGCAGUGGAUUGGUUACUGUCCUGAAUUUGAUGCCCUGCUAAACUUCAUGACAGGAAGAGAGAUCCUUGCCAUGUAUGCCCGUAUCCGGGGCAUCCCUGAGUGCCACAUUAAAACCUGUGUAGACCAGAUUCUUGAGGACUUACUCAUGCGUGUGUAUGCAGACAAGCUGAUAAAGACCUAUAGUGGCGGGAACAAGCGCAUGCUGAGCACCGGCAUAGCCCUCAUCGGAGAGCCUGCAGUCAUCUUCCUAGAUGAGCCGUCCACUGGCAUGGACCCUGUGGCCCGGCGCCUGCUGUGGGACACUGUGGCCCGGGCCCGGGAGUCUGGCAAGGCCAUUGUCAUCUCCUCCCACAGUAUGGAGGAGUGUGAAGCCUUAUGUACCCGGCUGGCCAUCAUGGUUCAGGGCCAGUUCAAGUGCCUGGGCAGCCCACAACACCUCAAGAGCAAGUUUGGCAGCGGCUACUCCCUUCAGGCCAAGGUCCGGAGUGAAUGGCAACAGGAGGUGCUAACGAAGUUCAAGGCAUUUGUGGACCUGACUUUCCCAGGCAGCCAUCUGGAAGAUGAGCACCAGGGCAUGGUCCAGUACUACCUGCCUGGCCACAGCCUCAGCUGGGCAAAGGUAUUUGGCAUUAUGGAAGAAGCCAAGAAGGAUUAUAUGUUGGAAGACUACUCCAUCAACCAGGUCUCUCUGGAGGACAUCUUCCUGAGCUUCACCAGCGCUGUGUCCUCCACUAACAGAAAAUUCCACCAAGGGCAAGCUCUCCUAGACAGCUCCUUAUCAGCCUCUCACUCUGAGCAUAUCUUACCUCCUCCCUCAGCUCCUUCUUCUCAGCCUGCCACACCACCUCCAUCUCCACCUCCCUCAGAGCCUGUCCUACUGUAAUAAAGAUGCUCGUGCAGGGUAGCCUUGAUGUGCAUAGCCUGCUGUGUUUGCCACUGUCUGCCGCUAAGGGUCAAGGGGUUUAUUUUGGCCCAUAGUUCAGUGAUACCGUCCAUCAUGGCAUGGGAGUCAGGGUACAGACAGGAGCUUGAAGCAGCUGGUCACAUGACAUGCACAGUCAUGAAACACAGAGCAGGGAGCACUAGUGCUUGCUCCUCUUUUCCCUUUCUGCACAUUCCAGGACCCCACCCGGGGAAUGAUGCCGCCCACUGUGGGCGAGUCUUCCCACCUCAACCUAAUGGAGACAGUCCCCCAUAGGAUACUCAAGGCCUCUCUGUCAAGUGAUUCCAGAUCUCAUGAAGUUGACAAUUGAGGUCAACCAUCCAAGUCCCACCCUUGUCAACUUGACACCAAAGUGUAUCAUUCAAAUCAUAACCUUCACUCUUUGUCCACAGAUCUCUGCUCAUCUCGUAGUGCAAGACACCAAAACAACUUCAAAAGUCCCCACAGUCUUUCCCAAUCUCAACAGCUGAAAAGUCCAAAGCUCACAUCUCAUCUGAGACUCAAGGCAGCCUCUUAACUGUUAAAUUCUAUAAAGCCCAAAACAAGUUAUAUACUUGCAACAUGCAAUGGCACAGAACAAACCUCUUCCCAAACUGGAAGGAAUAGAACAUGGUAAGGAAUGAUUGGGCUAGAGCAACACUAAAAUUCACAGGUUAAACACCAAAUCCUGUAGCUGGCUCCAUGCCUGGCAUCUGGAGCUCAUGAUAUAAUUUUCUGGGCACCGAAGGAUUUAGGUUGUAGUGGGUAGCCAUUGCAGCCUUGGCCUGGAAGUUCCAACCCCCAUUGAGGCUUUGGUAACAGUCCCGCCUACAAGACAGGGCUGAGAAAGGACGCUGAAGACCCAGGAUCCAAAUGAGAGGAAU